AUGCCUUGUUCUUAUUCGAUCAUUUUUAGUUUUGGAAUUAUUUGUGCUCAACUGGUUUCGAGAAGUCCUCCAUGGGAUAUUGAUAAUCGGAAGGAGGACGCGUCAGAGAUCCUUUAUUUGGUGAAAAAAGGAGGGCAUGCACCAGCACGCCCUUCUCUGAGUGUCAGCAAAGACUUCGAAGUCAAUCCAGCUUUACUUCACCUGAUUCGUGACUGCUGGACCGAGCGCCCAUCUGAGAGACCAUCCGUGGAUUUGGUGAUGUCGAACUUAAAGUCUUUGGAUCCAAACAGGGAGAAAGCAUUUGUUCAGUCGAUGGGACCAUUCAAACACAUGUGA